CGCGGCCGGGCCGGGCUCCGGGGACGGCGUAGGCGCGGGCCGGGGCUCGCGGCGCCCAGGGCGGCCAUGGACGACGAGGUGGUGCGCAUCGCCCGCAAGAUGGACCGCAUGGUGCAGAAGAAGAACGCGGCCGGAGCGUUGGAUUUGUUGAAGGAGCUUAAGAAUAUUCCUAUGACCCUGGAGUUAUUACAGUCCACAAGGAUCGGGAUGUCGGUGAACGCCAUCCGCAAGCAGAGCACGGACGAAGAGGUGACGUCGCUAGCCAAGUCCCUCAUCAAGUCCUGGAAGAAGCUACUAGAUGGGCCAUCGACUGAUAAAGACACCGAAGAAAAGAAAAAAGAAGCUGCAAUUACAUCACAGAACAGCCCUGAAGCGAGGGAAGAAAGUAGCUCCAGUGGCACCGUCAGCAGCAGGAAGGACGAGACGAACGCCCGGGACACUUACGUCUCCUCGUUCCCGCGGGCGCCGAGCACGUCCGACUCGGUUCGGUUGAAGUGUCGGGAGAUGCUGGCCGCGGCCCUCCGGACAGGCGAUGACUACAUCGCCAUUGGAGCCGACGAGGAGGAGUUGGGAUCUCAGAUCGAGGAAGCUAUAUAUCAAGAAAUAAGGAAUACAGACAUGAAGUAUAAGAAUAGAGUACGAAGUAGGAUAUCCAACCUUAAGGAUGCCAAGAACCCGAAUUUAAGGAAAAAUGUGUUGUGUGGGAAUAUUCCUCCUGACUUAUUUGCUAGGAUGACAGCAGAGGAAAUGGCCAGUGACGAGCUCAAGGAGAUGCGGAAGAACCUGACCAAAGAGGCCAUCCGGGAGCACCAGAUGGCCAAGACGGGGGGCACGCAGACGGACCUGUUCACCUGCGGCAAGUGCAAGAAGAAGAACUGCACCUACACCCAGGUUCAAACUCGGAGCGCUGAUGAGCCGAUGACUACGUUUGUCGUCUGUAAUGAGUGUGGGAACCGGUGGAAGUUCUGUUGAGUUGGAAGAAUUGGAGAAAUUUCCGGACCAUUAAGAAAAUGGAUUUUAUAAUUAGUUUUAAAGCUAAGCAGAGCAACUAGUUUCCUGCAAAUCAGAUUUUUUAAGUAAUGUACAUCCUUUGGGUUAGAUUUUGUUCCUGACAGCAUCCCUUCCUUAAAAGCCGCUCUAGUGUCAGAUUAGUAGAGAGACCAUUUAAUUGUAUGGCAUCUGUUUCAAAACAUUCUUUCUCUUUUUUUUUUUAUAUAAGUAAGUUGAUAUUAAACUUUUAUCAGUUAAACUGUCGGUUUCUUCUCACCUACUUUCCUUCUCUAAGGAAAAUGUACCUUAACAAUAUUAUUGUCUGAAGCAUACGUAGUCAAAAUGGUAUUUUUCUCAGUUAAUACAGAAACGGAUAAAUGGAAGUUACGUUUCUCCCCUCCCCCCCAAUUUUGGCAUGUACUGCAAAUAGUGAAGGAGGAGAAAAGGUCAUAUGAAAAUUUUAUCAAGUGUGUAUUCAGAUAAUACCAGCUUCUCUAAAUUGUACAUACUAUUUGAACUAGAAUAUGAAAUUGAUCUUAAUUAUUAUGUUCAUAAGCCUGGGUAAAUUAGCUAUUUUGCAUUCGUAACUGAUCAUCACUUGUAAUUCCUUGUACAUGUUUACUUGUUCUUUCAUCGAUUUAUUUCACUUUCGUCGCCAUCCGCUGGGUUGUAUUUGCCUGUUUCCAACAGUCCUUCGGCUUUGCAGAACGGCUUCUAGUUCGGUAGACUUCCUAAGUCUCAGCGCGGGCCAAGAGUGGGAAUUUCCUGCUGCCUCCCUCCCCUUCCUGCGAAGAUUUUGUGUUCGCAUUUACCCUAGCGUAGUCCUUGUCAACCAACAGUUCUCGGCUGGUCUUUGGCUUGGAGAUCUGGGCUGGCCGAAGAUUAAGUGUAGGACGGGUUGGCCGAGUUCGUUAAAUCAUUAAAACUCGCCACUCCCUAGGGAGAGCGGGGUUAAGGGAGAAAAUAUCUUUGUCGACAGUCUUACUGGUUGACUUUCUCAUGGCUGAAUGAACGCAGAGACAGACGGCCUGUAACGCACUCUGGUUGACAUCGGGGCUGCGUUUGGCCGUGCAGAGGCACCGUUUGUCCUGUUCGGAGCGAGGGGGCUGGUUUCCACUUGGCCCCGUAGGCCCCAGUUGCCCUGGCCUGUCUUACAAGUUCCCUGUCACCCAGCCCACACAUGAUCAUGUUGCACCUUGGCUCUGCUGCGCACGCGCAGGAAGGCCUCCGCGUCCGCGGUCCUUGCCCCGACUCCCCCUUGGCCCACGUUCGCAAAUCAGACGACGUUACACCGAAGACAGCUUCUAAAGCUCCCUAACUGGCCGCCAGUUCCACUCCGUCCGCUUUGUCGGCUCAUGCACUUAGCCUUUGUUUGCCUCAUUUUCAAAAUUGAAGUGGAUUUUUGAAAGAACAAAUUGAAGAAUGACGUUAAAAUUACCCUAUGUUUAAAUUAAGUGAUCCAUUUUAAGAUUUGUAAUUCAAUAAAGUUUCUUGUUAUUAAACA